GGCACGCAUAUAGUGAAAUGUAUCUGAAAUGUAUUAUCAGUUAGUGUCCGAUUCACUUGAUAGCAUUUUUAUUAUCGGGUUCCUUGUUUUGUAUCUUCUAGUUUGAAUUUUACAGCGAACACUUAUUUACUAUAAAUGCUAGUUUGUUUAGCCAGUGAGCAAAUCUCAUAUACCUACGUAUCGCUCGCUAUACUAAAAUAUAACUUAAUAAUGUGGGAUAGAUGGCGCAGCAAUGUACAUUUUUGCAUUAAAUUCACGGUUGCGUUUUCGCCGCGUGUUUACAUUUUGCAUUGUUGUUUGUUUGCAAUAGUUUGUGUAUGCAUGGAAUGGUAAGCUCGUGCGUCAUGUGACCUCACGCGAUUUUGCACAGCAGACUGUUUGUUAUCAGUGCGAAGUGCGCCGUACUAAAACGGGGUAUUUAUAAGUUUUAUACUGGCAUAUUUACACUGUAUUCCUUUAUGCAAAUAAUAAAUUCUACCGUUUCAAAUUAUACGCCUACGUGGGCGACGAAAUUCUUGUCCUUGCAUUUGACCACUGGCAAGCAUACAAUUAUGUGGUCUUGAAUCGAUGGAAAAUUUAUGAGAAACGAUUCGAAGACCCAAACAUAAGUGAAUUCUUCUCAGACGUAAGAAAGAAACGUCGCCGCAGUUUUAUGGCAAUUGGCAUUAAUAGCGAUGUAAUAGUUCCAAUCGCAAUUGGGUCAAAGAAAAUGGGUUCCGAGUUAAAUUUGUUGAUGGAAUUCGCAAAAUCUAUGAAUAUGAACAAUCAUAUAUAUUAUGAAUAUGAAGGACCCCCAAAAAUUAAUAUAGGGCUUCUUGACGUCGAGAAAAAUGUAGUUUCUUAUCCAGUAUCUAAAAUGGACUUAAGCCUUUUGGUACCUAAACCUGUAUCUUAUAUUGAUUGGUUGGCGCUAGUGCAAGUUUUCAAAUUGCAAUUAUGGAUGUGGAUUAUAUCCUGUUAUGUAUUGAUUGCAAUUUUUUUCUGGAUUGAAAACACGAUUUAUGUGAAUGCAAAUUGUCCGGGGUUUACUGAUAUCACUGGUUUGUUUUUCCUUCAAGGGCUUAACGAUUGUAAAAUACCUCCAUAUAUUCGAGCUCGUUCGUUAAUCGCCAGUUUAUUAACCAUUGCUGUAUUAUAUUCCGCUGUUUUUUCGUCUGGUAUUGUUGAUAAGAUGAUGACUAUAAGAUACCAAAAUGAUAUAAACACAAUUGAAGAUCUUGCCAAUUCAGACCUGUACAUUGAAUAUGUUAAUGAUCCUAAUCAGAUGUUAUGGGGCCAAGAAAUUACCGAGGCAGAAAAACGUGCUUUUUCGCGGUAUGGAGGAUCAUAUAUAAAAAUACCGUAUACUAAGAAAGCAAUGGGCCAUUACAUUACAGGAACGAAGCUUUCAACCUCAAUAGUAUUGAGAGACUUUCUAUAUAGAUUCCUCCCUUAUAUGAAAUCCAUGGACUAUACACUUAUACAUCUGAAUACUAUAUUCACACUGCAUUAUGAUCAUUACAUGUUUUAUCUACCGUUUUUGAAUGAUUACAUUCUUAGAUGUCAGGCCACUGGUUUGAUGACAAAAUGGGAAUGGGAUGCGUUUAGGGCUGAGAGUAGAAUGAAUAUUAUACUUGCUUAUUUGGAUAAAAGUAAACCACCGAUUGAGCCUAUAAUAUUACAGUUUGAGCAUGUAAAGGGUGUGUUUGCUCUUUGGAUUGUUGGCAUCCUCAUGUCUGUGUGGAUCUUUAUUCUUGAAACGUUAUGGGCGUGGCUUUUCUAUAAUAUCAGAUAUUUAUCUUUCCACAUAAUCACGUAGACAAUUAAAAUUAACAACUUUCACCUAAAAUAGCAUGUGCGAGUGUUGGUUUGCUUGUUUCACUUUCACGCAAAAACCACUGAAGGAAUUUUAAUAAAUUUUAGUAUAAAGAUAUUUUUGACCUUUGACAAUAAAAUAGGUACUUUAUGUCGGAAGAGUAUAACUUAAUGGAUGUUAAAUAAAAAGCAAACAUUGGUAUUGUA